CCAAAAUGGCGGGGCUCGGGCGUGAGGCUGGAGGCGAUCGGAGCGCAGCAGGUGUGGUGCCGGUGGGAGUUGGGGAAGCGCCCGAGGACAUCAAGAUGCCAACAUACAUAUAUGGUCAGUCCAGUCCUUCUCUAGGAGAUGCAAAACUCAGAAAACCAAUGGUCAUCGAAAUCAUAGAAAAAAAAAUUGAAUAUCUUAGAAAAGAAAAGACUUUAAAUAUAUAUGGAACAGUGACCUUUGGAACAACAGCUGGUUUCUCUGGAAUACUGGCAAACUUAAUUUUCAGAAAUUGCUUCAAGGUUAAACAUGAUGCUUUGAAGACAUAUGCAUCAUUGACUACACUUCCAUUUUUGUCUACCAUAGUUUCUUGUGAGCUUCUUGUAAGACAUGCUUUGUAUUCAGGUAAUAUAAGCCGGGAAAAUUGUGUUCUGAGAAGUUCACUGAUUGGCAUAGUGUGUGGUGUUUUAUAUCCCACUGCUUUAGCUUUUUCUAAAAAUGGACGUCUGGCAGUCAAGUAUCAUACUGUUCCACUGCCACCAAAAGGAAGGGUUGUACUUUAUUGGCUGCUGCUUUGUCAAACAGAGAUAAAAGCAAUGGUGAUUCCUCUUAUCCUUCAGACAGCCCUUGGAAUAUAUCAUGGUCUACAGCAUUAUGCAAUAUUUGAAAGUACACUUGAGAAAACUGUACAUGAAGAUUAACCAAAGAAUGAAUGGAUACUAAAUCAGUAUAAUGGACUUUUUUAUGAUGAGGACUUAGGCACUGCUGAAAGAGUUAAAAGUAAUUCUGGAUAGACAAUUUGUUUCUUUUCCUUUCUUUUGCCUGGUGUAUAGCAGGUGCUCAGCAAAUAUUCAGUGAUUAAAUAAAUGUAGGUUUCGUCUCUGUUUUGUCA